AAUCAGAUCAGGCAUAAUAAAUUUGUAGAAUAACCGAGAAAAAUUGCUAACAUGUUUUAUAAAAGCUGACAAGAUACAAAAAAAGUCACCACCUGAAUUUCACUGAGCAGAUAAGUAUGAACUUCACAUUUGAUUGUACCUGCAUGGAGUUAUUUAACUUGUUUAACCCUAGCUGAUGCAGUGGCUAACUUCUCAUUUCUUUAAUAACCGUGCAAAAUGACACAUGAAAUGGUCAUGGAGAAGCUGCUGGUCUGUUUAAGAAGGGCCGAAUCAUUGGCAUCGAGCAUAGAAAAAUAUCUACGGAGGUUGCAGAUUUGGACUGCCAUCAUUAAAAACUGGAAGGAUAGUGUUUUUUUUAUGUCACUGGUACUUUGUUACUGUUACUGUGACUCUUGUAUGCGCGAGUGCUGUGUGUCAGGUUUGAGGUGACACACUAGCGCUGCACUUUUCAUUGUUAGGGUGUGUUUUCCCACCGUCAAUAAAGCUGAGUGAUAAAAGACAAAAAGGAAAGCUUGUCCAUUCCACACUCCUUAUUAAUGGCAAGUCUAAACAACAAACAGAAGUGCACUUUUAAUUAACUAGUUAAUUUCUUGCUCUGGAUUUUAUGUAGGGGAAUGUCUAAACCUUCCAGAGAAUCCUAUGCAAAAAAUGUUCCUUUCACUUCAUUUAUUCACUGCUUUGUGUUUUUCAUAAACAACUCCAAUAAAAUUCAUUGAUGCUUGUAAUUGUGAUAUAACUAAAUUUAAGAAGGAGUACUAUGAAUGAUUUCCAAAACACUGGGAUAAAUCUGAAAAAACUCAAAUACCUUUAUGUAAUUAUUACUUUUCACAAUUUACACUUUGUUACAUAAAAUAGAUAAUUUUUAAUGGAUUUUGAAGAAAUUUGAUGCUUUAGUCCCUCCUGAUGUCAGUAAAAGCAGCAAUGCACGCAGACUGCAUUGUACAGAGAGCUCAGGGUCAAUUACUCAGCAGUAUUUCCACCCUGCACAGCUGUGAUGCAGAACAGACUGUCUGCCAGCACAGAGGCUGCAGAGACUGCUCUCCCCUGCCAUGCUGUCGGCCUGGCUUCAAUCUGACUUCAAUCUGAUCACCACCGAUCCUUGUGUUAUUCCACCAUGAAGGGAGAUGAGAUUCAGUCACAGUUUUUUCUGGCAACCAAAACAGCACGUGAACAUCUGUUCAUCUCUCCUUCUUUCCAGCGACUUCCUUUUAUCUCAUGGAUCAAGGCGAACAUUUCAAAAAAGGAAUGCUCCUUUUUUCAGAGGGAUCCCAGGAAAGAGCAACUAUGUCGUUGUGGUUACUCUAAGACUGACCACACUGAUGAAGCCAUCAAGCCAGAGGACUUCACCGGGGAAACCUGGGACAAAGGAAAACAUAUCCACAAAGCUCCAACAGAUGCUUUUGGAGACAUCAGCUUUGGUGGUUUGGGGCAAAAGACAAGCAAGUAUGUACGAGUGUCGGCAGACACCGAAGCUGAGGUGCUCUACGAGUUACUGACUCAACAAUGGAGACUUUUGCCUCCAAAUUUGCUCAUAUCUGUGACUGGAGGAGCCAAUAACUUCUACCUGAAGCCCCACCUGCAGAAGACUUUUCGCAGAGGGCUUAUCAAAGUUGCACAGACUACAGGUGCAUGGAUCCUCACUGGCGGUACCCACUCUGGUGUGAUGAUGCAUGUGGGACAGGCUGUGAGGGAGUACGCCCUGAGUAACACCAUACAGGGGCAAGUAGUGGCUAUUGGAGUGGCAACAUGGGGAGUAAUUCACAACAGGGAUAAAUUGGUACAUGAAGAAGGUUGCUUCCCAGCUAAUUAUGUGAUUGACACACAAGGUCAGGGUGCUCUGGCCUGUCUUGAUAACAAUCAUUCCCACUUCCUGCUGGUUGAUGAUGGAACCAAUGGACGCUAUCUUGUGGAGACUGAGCUGCGUGCAAAACUAGAGAAACACAUCUCAUGCAGAAAUCUUGGAAACAAAGUGAGUUCUAUGACCAUCCCAGUGGUUUGUGUGGCAUUGGAUGGAGGACCGGGCACACUCGAUACCCUCUAUAAAGCCAUGCUCAGUGGCACACCAUGCAUAAUCCUGGAGGGCUCUGGGAGAAUAGCAGAUGUUAUUGCUCAGGUGUUUGGAAAACCGGUCAGCCAGAUCACCAUCACCCUCAUCCGACAGCAGAUGAUGGAGUCUUUUGGUCAAGAGUAUGAAAAGUUUGAAGAACAUGAGAUUAUAGAGUUUACAAAAAAGAUUCAGGACAUCAUCGGGAUGUCUCAUUUGCUGACAAUAUUCAAAGCAAGCGAGGACGAUCAGGGGGGAGUGGAUUUGGAUGUGGCCAUCCUAAAAGCUCUUCUCAAAGCUUCAAAGACUGAUGAAUCACGAGGAGGUGAGUCCUGGAAGAGGCAGCUGGAGCUGGCUAUCACCUGGAAUCGAGUGGACUUAGCUAAGACUGAGAUUUUCACUGAGCAAAGCAUGUGGAAGUCCAACGACCUCCAUUGGGCCAUGACUUUAGCCCUGGUUGGCAACAAGCCUGAGUUUGUGAGUCUUCUCCUGGAGAAUGGUUUGUGUCUGAGGGACUUCCUGAAGGAUGACAACACCCUUUGUGAGCUCUACAAACAGCUCCCCAACUGCUUCUUCUUGGACAAGUUGGCCAAGAGGGUGAACCUUGCCAGCAGCAGCAGAAGUCAGGCACUGGGCCAAAGGGCUCAUGUUCUGGCAGGAGCAAAGAUCUCACUGACUCAUGUCUCUGAUGAAGUGCGCCACCUGCUGGGAAAAUUCACACAGCACAUCUAUCCUUCAUCUGCCAAGACAUACCAUCUUGACAUGUCCACAGAGGACAUCUCAUCAUCUGUAUCUAAAGAUCAGACAAUGAUGCAGGACCUGUUGAGGCAGAACAGAGCUGAAGCUCAGAGGGAUCCAGGCAGUGACCUUUUCCUUUGGACAAUUAUCCAGAACAACAAGGAGCUGUCUGAAAUUGCCUGGGAUCAGUGUGGAGACUGCAUGUCUGGUGCUCUGGCUGCCAGCAAGAUCCUGAAGAAAAUGGCAGAGGAGUCAAUUGAUGCAGACGAGCCUCAAGAAAUGCUGGAGCUCGCAAAGCACUAUGAAAAUCAUGCGAUUGGUGUGUUCAACGAGUGCUACAAUAGUGACAAGGAACGUGCCCAGAAGCUGCUGGUUCGAAUCUCAUGCUUUUGGGGCAAGACAACGUGUCUGAGGCUGGCACUUGAGGCCAAUGAUAAAAACUUUGUGGCUCUGUCAGGUGUUCAGGAUCUUCUUACUCAGAUCUGGUGUGGUGAGCUUUCAGUUGAAAAUCCUGUUUGGAGGGUGCUGGUCUGUAUGGUCUUCUUCCCUCUGAUCUACACAAGAUUUGUGGUUUUCAGGAAGCAGAAUGUGGAGCCGCCUCUGGGCUGCUGGUCCAGACUGGUUGGACUGUACAGCGCUCCUCAAGUCAAGUUUUAUGGAAACAUCAUCUCAUACUUUGCCUUCCUGUUCCUCUUUGCUGUGGUCCUGAUGGUCGACUUCCAGAGUACACCAUCCAUAGUAGAGCUGGUGCUCUACUUCUGGUUGUUCUCUCUGGUGUGUGAAGAGAUCAGACAGCUGUUUUAUGAUCCUGAUGGUUUUGGAUUUCGUAAGAAAGCCAAGAGAUACAUUCAUGAGAUGUGGAACAUAUUGGAUGUCAUCUCCAUCGUGCUGUUCUGUCUGGGUCUUGCAUUCAGGCUGACAACUGAGUUGUUUUACGCAGGUAAAAUCCUCCUGUGCAUCGACUUUGUGGUCUUCUGCCUCCGUCUUAUGGCAAUUUUCACCAUCAGUCGAAUACUGGGACCUAAAAUCAUCAUAGUCAGGAAAAUGAUGAUGGACAUGUUCUUCUUCAUGUUUCUCCUGAGCAUCUGGGUUGUGGCGUACGGUGUGGCCAAACAAGGCAUCCUCAUCCAUAAUGACAAUCGACUGGACUGGAUCAUCCGCGGGGCUAUUUACGAGCCGUACCUCAUUAUAUUUGGAAGUUUCCCUGAAAAUAUUGACAAUGCUGCAUUUGAUAUAAAUUCAUGCAGCAUGAAUGGUACGGAUCCCCUGAAGCCCAAAUGUCCUGUGCUGAAUGAAAACCAAAUGCCGGUCUUCCCUGAGUGGCUCACCAUCAUCAUGCUCUGUGUUUAUUUGCUCUUUGCCAACAUAUUGCUCCUUAACCUCCUCAUAGCCAUCUUUAACUACACAUUUGAGGAGGUGCAUGACAACACGGAUAGUAUCUGGAAGUUUCAAAGAUACGAGCUGAUCAAAGAAUACUAUAGCCGCCCAGCUGCCCCACCUCCUUUCAUCAUCUUCAGUCAUCUCUAUCUCUUCAUCAGAAAAAUGGUGCUGUUCAAGGCUCCGAUCUCAUCUACUGAGUUCAAGAAGCAGCUUCCUCAGACAGAAGAAGAGGAGCUAUUGUCCUGGGAAGCUUUGAUGAAGGACAGACACCUGCUGUCUGCACGGCAGGAGCAGAGCCAGAGCAUGGAGAGACGCAUUCUGGAUACAUCUCAAAAGGUUACCACCUUAACUGAACGGAUGGAGAGACUAGAAGAACAGGUCACCCAGUCAAACAAAUCACUGCAGUGGAUUGUUGACAGUCUGAAAUCUCAGGGUUUUUCUGCAAAAGAAACUCAACCACAGGAUGAAUCCUCCAACUCUUUGAGGACACCAGAAAAAGAAGAUGGCUUCCACGAGAAGUCCCAUCAGCUUCAAUACCCGGACAGCUUCCCUGUUCCAGAGGAAAAAGUCAGUCUCAGCUCAUUCAUGUCGACCUAUGGGAGUUCUGAAGGUGGAAAUGACCAUGCAGGCAGAUCUGGACCAGAAGGCUUAGAUAAUUACAGAAACCCAGGAGGGAGGACAGGCAUCAAGGGAAGAGGCGCACUCAGCCGUCUUGGUCCAAAUUUGAACCUGGAUCUCGUGGUUACACGGUGGCGAGACAGUGCGAGGUCUGUGCUGGAGUUCUUGGCUGUUUUGAACCAGAACCUUAGAUCUUUAGCUUUGCCUGGGGGUCCUGUUGACUCUGUGGAUCACCUGCCUGGAAAUCUAAAGGGAAUUCUGGGAGAUAAGCUGUUUGAAGCCCUAGAUGCAAAAGUGUCAGAGGGAACGAAGGUGUCUGAGGGCUAUGUGGACGACUGCAGGAACACAGACAAUGCCUGGGUGGAAACAACUGUCUUAAACAUUCACCUGGACGGAACAAGCCAAGUGAUGGUGGACAUUAACAACAUGGUUAUAAGCGGUGACAGCUGCCUCCAGUGGCAGGAGGUGAGCAGCAGAAUCAAACUCAGCCCAAACCAAAGAUGCUCGCUGCAGCAGGUGGCGGAGCUGCACAACAGGAAGUUCUGAUAAUUCUGGCCCUGUUUGACAUUGUUAUAUUCAUAUUGCAUUAAGACAACUUAACUUGAAGCCUGGCACAUAGAAGACAAUCCAUGAAUCACCUUGUGCCUUUCAGUGCUGCCUUUGUUGUGAUUCAUUUAAAGAAAAUAUGCAGCAAAUCCUUACCUGAAAUUCUGUUCUUUCUCUUCACUACAGUUAAUAUUGCUAACACUUCCUAUCAUUCCCAAACAAGUUCAUGUUGUUAUGAUACAACUAAAAGUUCAUUAUGUGAAUUUAGUUUAGUUGUUGUUCUACAAAUGUUUCUAGAAACAGCACUCUAUAUAUCUAUUGUGCUUGAUGUGAUACACCUUUGACCAUAAAAGUUAAUGAAAACAUCAAUAUUCAAUGGAAUAGUAUGGUUGAGUGAAUACUGCAGUCCAUACAAUGUCUGAUAGACAAAGUAUAUCACAGUAAUAAUUUGUCUAUGUAGCAAAUACCAUUACAAUAUUUAUGGAUGGGUUUUAUAACAAUGUAUUGGACUACUAUCGAUUCAUCUAUUUGAAUAAACUUCAAAUCUUCAUCAUAUAUAUACCUUUUAUUUCAAGAAUCCAAUAAAAUGACUGAAAGGC